GAAUCAACAGAAAUAACAGAAUAUUAGACGAUAGCCUGGAUAUCAUCGAGAGAAAAGUCAACAAUGCCACAGCCUUCAGAAAAGAGCUUACGGACAAACUAUUUCCCCAACUCGUGGCUGAUGUCGACGCGGUGGACAAAACAAUUGCAAGUUUUCGGGCUGAGAUUGACAGCUUCAGCGGUUUGAAAAAUGACAUAACGACUCUUUUUACUGACGUCAGCUCUGUCAUUCGUCGAAUAACAGAAACCCGUGCCCGAAAUAGCGCUACUAGGGCAGUUAUUCAAAGAUUAACAGACAGCAAUGCUUUCCAGGAUUUGGCUUCCGUAACUGUGAAGGACCAGGGUGACGGAAACGAUAAACUUCUAGAAAUCAUCAACAACACAAGAAGCGAAAACGUUGCCAGAUUUGCUGCACUUAACAGAAGUGUGGUCAAUGUGCUCAAUAUCAUCAACGAGGAACAAAUCAAUUUGACUACUGUAACACUCAGCCCCUCCAAAAGCUCUGAAACUUUCAAGUACGUGAUCCCCUUCAAGAGAGCACCCCAGCUGGCGUGGUCUAUCGUCAGUAUUGAGAUUGAUCAAACUAAUGGAAACAGUUCUGCAAGCUCUGGCACUAAUUAUUACAAGUCUGGCAACUCUGGUAGCAGUGAUUACAAGUCCGGCGGCUCUGGUAAAAAUGGGUACAAGUCUGAGAACUAUGGUACAAAUCAGAACAGUUCCAGCAGCUUUUACGAAUCCAUCCAACCUCGUGUCACGGUUUUUGGUGACGCCAAAGGAGUGACAGUGAGGUUAGAGGACAACAGUACGGCAUGGAGAACUCAGAUCGUGAAGGUUCAAGUUCUGUCUAUCCUCUUCAACAAUGAAAAUAACCAGAGUGUGGAUUACAGCACCAAUACUCCACAAAACUACUAUGCGGCUCCAGGAGGCAAGUACACAACCCAGGGAGUGCAAUACCCACGUUAA